AUGGCGGCCCAGAUGCAGAGCAUCGCCUCGACCAGCGCCCGUGGCGUGGUGGCGCCCCGCAGGCGUGCCCAGCUGCGCGUGAGCGCUGUGGCAGAGUUGGAGCGUUUGGCGACCCAGAGCGCCUCGAGGCGUGGCGUCCCCGAGGGCACCCCCGUUGUGCCGGUGCGCGACCUGCCCUCCCGCCCCCGCCGCAACCGCAAGAGCGAGACUGUGCGCCGUGCCUUCUCGGAAACCUUCCUGCACCCAGCCAACUUCAUCCUCCCCGUCUUUGUGCACGACGGCGACAAGAACAUCCCCAUCGAUUCCAUGCCCGGCGUGGCGCGCCUGGGCUGGCAGCACGGCCUGGUGGACGCGGUGGCCGAGGCGCGGUCGGUGGGCGUCAACCAGGUCGUCAUCUUCCCCAAGACGCCCGAGGAGCUCAAGACGCCCACCGCGGAGGAGGCCUUCAACCCCAACGGCCUCGCCCAGCGCACCAUCUCCCUCCUCAAGGACAAGUUCCCAGACCUGGAGGUGUACACCGACGUGGCCCUGGACCCCUACAACUCCGACGGCCAUGACGGCAUUGUCAGCGACGCAGGUGUCAUCCUGAACGACGAAACGAUCGAGUACCUGUGCCGCCAGGCGGUGUCGCAGGCGCGCGCGGGCGCCGACUGCGUGAGCCCCUCCGACAUGAUGGACGGCCGGGUGGCGGCCAUCCGCGGCGCGCUGGACGCCGAGGACUUCACCGACGUCUCCAUCAUGGCCUACACGGCCAAGUACGCCUCGGCCUUCUACGGCCCCUUCCGGGACGCGCUGGCGUCGGCGCCCAAGCCGUGCGCCGCGCACCGGCGCAUCCCGCCCAACAAGAAGACGUACCAGCAGGACCCGGCCAACUUCCGGGAGGCGCUGCGCGAGGCGCUCCUGGAUGAGGCGGAGGGCGCCGACAUCAUGAUGGUCAAGCCGGGCCUGCCCUACCUCGACGUCAUCCGCCUGCUGCGCGACAACUCCGCGCUGCCCAUCGCCGCCUACCACGUGUCGGGCGAGUACGCCAUGCUCAAGGCGGCCGCGGAGCGCGGCUGGCUGAACGAGAAGGAUGCGGUGCUGGAGGCGCUGCUGUGCCUCAAGCGCGCGGGGUCGGACCUCAUACUGUCGUACUAUGCUACUGAGGCGGCCAAGUGGAUGGCGGACGACAAGCCCAGCUGGCGGUGA